AUGAUGGUGUUCUCGGGAAUUCUCAGGUCAACCAACCAAAACACUUCUCAUCCUUCAGCCACAGCCAUCUUUGAUUCAACAUCACAACAACCUUCAUCGACUUCUCAUGAUAGAGGAAGAAGUACUUCGCCUGCAGCGACAACUGCAUCUGCGUUUGCGGAUCCGGCAGGGAGUCAAUAUAUCCGAGCGAAGGAAAACCUUCCACCCCUAGAUGCCGAAAUACCCGACCUUCGCGAGUUGAACCAGAGUCUCGAAGCGCUUGCGGCUAUCUUCCCCGAUGUGCAAGUCGAGGUGUUUCGUGAGAUGCUCUCGAGCUUUGAAGAAGAAUCUAGAUUGGCUGUCGUGACGGAAGCUCUGCUUAAACAUAAGAUGAAAUAUGUGAGGGGACGAUAUAGGGUCGCGUUGAAGGAGAAAGAAAAAGAGAAGACUGCUGGUGAGGAAGAUAAGGCUAAUCAACAGGACUCCAAGGGCCAUGUGCCUGUAGAAGAGAAGUUCAGGACAGAAGGAUAUCAAAAGGCUGUAAGGACAGUGGCAUAUUAUGAAUUUAAGGGUCUACCGCGAUCGACGAUCAAUGCAGUGUUGGCGGAACGUAAUCAUUCAUACACAUUGGCUCGACCUACACUUGUCGAUUUGUCUUCGAAGUCUUGGCGCUUUACCAUAUCAUCAUUCUUCUCUCGCCGAAAGCCUCUGACGGCGGUCGAAGCAGGGCACCAUCCUCUCGUGGUUUGGCAGUCAACUGGACAAGGUUCUAUAAUACCAGCUAUCAAGACCACGGGAUCGCCGGAAUUGGAUAAAGAGCUAUUUGAUUCUCUUAUUGUACCAUUGCAGGAACGAGAAGUAUCGGAACGAGAGGAGAAAGAUCAUGCUCUGGCACUGGAAAUAAAUAACCAUGAGGCAGAAGAACAGGAUGCCUUGCACGACUGUGGAUGUUGUUAUACUGCAUAUGCAUUUGAAGAACUCACUGCGUGUGAUAUUGGAGGCCAUUUUAUAUGCUUUCAGUGUAUAAGACAUGCAGGUAAUGAAGCUAUUUUUGGACAAGGAUGGCAAAGGAACAUUGAUCUCAACGGUGGAACACUAAGGUGCCUUGCGGCCAUGACGGAUGAAUGCAAAGGAUGUAUUCCCCAGGCGCAGGUGCGAAGAGCGUUUCUAGAAGAUAGGGGCGAGGAGAUUUUGCGGAAGCUGGACGAACGUCUAAUCGAGGACAGUCUCAUGAAAACUGGACUGCCGCUUAUACGUUGUCCAUUCUGCAAUUAUGCUGAGAUUGACGAGAUAUAUCUCCCAGAAUCGCAAAGAUCUUGGCGUUUGAAACGACUUGGUCCGUCAUCUAUCUAUACUGUUCCAUUUUUGGUUUUGGGCGUUGGCAUGAUACCCUUCCUUUUACCUUUUUGUAUUCUCUUUUCUUUCUUGUUUUUAUGUCUCUCCUCGAAACAAACUUUUGGCGACUAUGCUGUCGAGCAAUUCAAGGACUCAGUUAUCCGCUUGCGUAGGAAGCAACAUGGUCUCAAAUUUGUUUGUCAAAAUCAACGAUGUGGGAGAUCUUCCUGUAUUUCGUGCUCAAAAGCAUGGAACGAUAUUCAUAUCUGUCACGAGUCUUCUUUACUUGCCCUAAGAACGCAAGUCGAGCUUGCAAUGUCCCUGGCGAUCAAACGUACCUGUCCGCGUUGCAACACAUCAUUUGUGAAAUCUUCUGGUUGCAAUAAAUUAACCUGUGUUUGUGGAUAUCAAAUGUGUUAUGUUUGUCGUAAGGAUAUUGGGUCUGGGGAAGGGUAUCGGCAUUUCUGUGAACACUUUCGACCAAAUGGUGGAAGGCGUUGUACGGAGUGCUCAAAGUGCGAUUUAUAUCGAUGUGAAGAUGAUGAGGUUGUGGUUAAGAAGGCCAAAGAAAAGGCAGAAAGAGAAUGGAUGGACAAGGAGGGUGGUGGUAUAGGUGGUGAUGAGAAAGUCCGAAAGGUACUGGAGCAGAAGUGGAAGAAGGGAAGAGACAUCGCUUGGUGGGAGGGCGACGGAUGGUGGUGGCAUUGGAAUUUGCCAAACGGUGAGCAAAUACUUGAUGCUAUGGUCGAGGCCAUCAUUGAAUGA